UUUGGAAGUCAAAGAACAUCAUAUCCCAUAAUCCAAGGUUUUGUGUUGACACGCAACUAUGGCGGCUUCUAGUGCAAAUGUGGAUAGUGUAACAGGACUUCUAAAGGAGCAUUUAUCAAAAUGUGGAUUUGAAGUCUACCCUCUGAAGGUUGGAUGGUAUAACUCUGUGCUACCGACUUCCCUGCACCUGGCUUUUCCAGAUGACACCCUGGCAGUGGUGGUGCUCAGCACCCCCGCCAUGUUUGAACAAGCCUUUUUGCCCUAUUUGGAGGAGCAGUGCUGCCAGGGCCUGUCUGAUCCCAUAGACCAGUGUGUCAGACAUUAUAUCUCCUCUGUUGUCUCACAGUGUUUCUCAGGACAGACGGUUGACGUGAGGUAUGACUAUGAGCUGCUGCCCAGCAGGAAGCCAAAGUUCCUGGCACAAACAGCUGCUCACGUUUCAGGAGCCGCCUACUACUACCAGCAAUCUGACGUCCCUGAUCAUUCCUGGGCUAGAAAAAAAAUAUUUGGAGUGUGUGUUCAUCCGAAGUUUGGAGGCUGGUUUGCCAUCAGAGCCCUGUUGGUGUUUGAAGGUGUGACUGUGAGCGCUGAGGUGGUGCAGCCUCUUCCUCCUGACUGUGUGCCCACCAGAGAAGACAGAAUACAGCUCCUGGAGGCUUUCAACUUCCACUGGCAGGACGGGAGCUACAGAGACAUCAUCCAGCCAGCCCAGACCUACUCUCAGAAACAGAGGGACUACUUUUCCACUCUUCCUGCCCAGAGGUUUGAACUGCUCAGGUCUUGGGGCUUCUUGCAGAAGGAAGAUGAUGAGGCCACACCCCCCUCAAAUACGCUGAGCAGGUGAAUGGACACAACCUAAACAGAAACACAGAUGCCGUGUGAGAGCUGCCCGUCCUCAAACUUCAGCUGCUGAUUGGACAUUUGGAUAGAAUUUUGAUCAACAAGCUUCAUAUUAAAAGCUUGGGUGUCGAAUUCAGCUUGUAUGAUUUCGGUGAAAUCAUUUUAAUGGUAUGUGGGAUGUAGAUUUAUUACUGUGUGGCGGCUUAAUAUUAUCCUGCCCUCCUGUAUCCUAACACAUGUUUACACUACGCUACCACAUUAUAGAUGCCAUUUGCGAGGUGGUUUCCUUAAUUGUGUUCUAUUGUACAAUACAUGCUGCACUCAUGCAUAUUGUAUGAAAUCACUGAUGGGGACUAAUGCAAACCUGCAUGCAACUUUUGUUAAUUUAAAACUUGCCUUAUUUACCUCACGCAGUGUGUAGCAGCACACAUAAUUUUGGUUUUAUUCAGGGUAUCUUUUUAUUAUUUAGCUUUUUUUUACAUUUUUUCCCUGAACACUUUUUAAUGAUACCACUGGAAACAACCCAAAGAAAUGUCCGUGCUUCUCCAGUGUGGUACCUUUUACAUAAAUUCAAAAUGCUCUGACAAAUAAAUGGUGACAAGGAUUUGAUGUGAACUGUAUUUUUAAUACUUUUUGUUAUCUGUCCAAACAUCUCCACUUUUCAAUGGCUCCUUUGUUUUGUGCUCCAGUUUAUGUAAUAGACAUCUGCAUGCAUUAUAGAUGUUAGUGUGAGCUGUCUCUGCCCCCCAGCCUGGUGACCGACUGAUUAGUUUUACCUGUGACUAACCCCCCAGUCAGUCACUCACACUCAGGCUUGUAUUCUUGCUCAUGUAGCUCAGGAAAACUCAGGACCAACAGAUGUGUGUGUGUAUCAGCUCAGUGAAUCCCCUUCCUCCUUCUGUCUGGAAAGGUGAAGGAACAACACAAGCAGCUAGAGUGUGGUUCUCCCUGCAGUACCAACUCAGUGCGGUGCACUUCUUUACUUCCACCAGUAGAUGUCACUGUUCUCUUCAUGAUAGUGUGAUAGUGACGCUCUGUAAAGCCUCUGCAAACAAUCAGCACUUGGAAAAAGUCAAGUACUCUACUCUGCAGACAACCUGUCUCAUAUCUUGGUACAAUACAUACAUUACUUCCUGCA